AUGGAUGCAGAUCAUUAUGAAAAAUGGUUUUCAGAUAUUCUAUUAAAAAUUCAACCAGGAUCUGUUAUUGUUAUGGAUAACGCUCCAUAUCACUCCAGGCGUGUAGAACAGUUACCAACCACUAAAUGGAGAAAAGCAGAGAUUGCGGAUUGGCUUACUAAAAAAAAUAUUAAAUUCAAUGAACAAAAUUUGAAGACCGAAUUACUAAACUUAGCACGGUGUCAUAAAGAUAAAUAUAUUAAAUAUGUAGUAGAUGAAAUGGCGCGAGAACGAGGCGUAAUUGUACUUCGAUUGCCGCCAUACCAUUGCGAAUUAAAUCCGAUGGAACUUAUAUGGGCUCAAAUAAAAAAUGAAGUAGCAAGGAACAAUUUUACUUAUAAAUUAAAUGAUGUUAAAAAUCUACUUAAUGGUGCCGUCAGCAAUGUGACCUAA